CGCUUCGAUCCCAAAUAUAUAAGCAUUGGUCCCAAAGCAGUGAGGGGUAAUAAUAAUUUGAACAUUGUGGCCGCUGCCACGGCCAAUAAAUGUGCCACAUUGAGGCAUGUGGGACGCUAUGGUGGCUCCCUGAAGGGUGUUGUCGGUGGCGGUGGUGGGUCAAUGUCAGGCGGAACAGCUGGAGUUGGAACCAUAAAUGGAUUGUCGCCGUCACCAAAUUUACGCAGUGCCAAGACACCGUCGAUUGCAACUGUAUCAAAGGAUUAUUGCCAGCAACCGGAUUGUAUACCACAAGUUUGUGGUACUGGUUCCACAGAGCUAUUGGUGCCGACGGCAAGUCAUCAACAGCAUCAGCAACAACAACAACAACAGCAGCAGCAACAGCAGCAGCAGCAGCAACAAUUGCAAUUACAUCAACAACAACAUGCGCACCAGCCGCAACAUAUACAAAUGCAAAUUCAAAUGCAACAACAGGUGGCACCACCCCCACCACCGCCGCAGCAAAUGCAAAUGCAAAUGCAUCAACAACAACAACAACAGCAGCAGCCCGCGCCACCGCCUCCACCCAAGCCAAAGAUAGUCAAUACAUUUACCGAAAUACCCGGAACCACAGGCGUGGGCAGCUCCUAUGCCAAAGAGCAGCAACAUCUUUUGGCCCUUCAGCAACAGCAACAACAGCAGCUGAUGGCCCUCCAGCAGCAACAGCAAUUGCAACAGCAGCAGCAGCAGCAACAUCAACUUCAACAUCAUCCACCCACAACACACAUUUUGCCACCAUCGGCCGUCUAUAGCAUUGAGCAGAGCAGUGAACCGCCACAGCCAACUGCUGCUCCACGCAUUCAACGCUCAUUGAAUCCGGCCUCGAUUGUUAAUCAACCACUGCCAGAAAUACCCACACAAUCACCCACUGGCCCCCCACAAUCGAAGAUAUCGUCGCAGCCGCUAUGUGCUGCCAAUUUGGGUCAGUAUCGGUCGCUGCAGCGGCCCCAGGGUGGACAAAAACUGCAGAUUUCCCCCUCCACACAGCAGCAACAGCAGCAGCCCCCCACAUUGCCGCCCAAAAAUCGUCAUAAGAACACAAGGGAUGCCACCAAUGCGAAUCAUAUGGCGACAUUGCCACCCAAAAUGGUUAGCCAACGAGCUGGAGAACGGGAUCGUGAGCGGGAACGGGAACGGGAGCGUGAACGGGAACGGGAACGAGAUCGAGACAGGGAGACAAGAGAGAGGGAGCGUGAACGAGAACGUCCAAGGCGAGCCGAAACAUUGGACAAUGCACGCAGCUAUGUGGAUCAGCAGCAGGCAUAUAUGAGCGGUGGUGGUCAGCCAGUGAUUAGUAGCAUGAAGAAGCAACACUCCUAUGACAGCAGCAAUUAUCAACACCAACAGCAGCAACAGCAAGCGGCAGCCUUCUAUCAGCGACAGCACAACAACAAUUAUCAAGGAAUGGGAUCAGGUGGUGCCAGUGCAAGUGUAGGAGGUGGAAGCAGCAAGCAGGCCUUGCUCUUAGAGCAACAGCAGGCUCUAUUCUAUCGUUCGCUUAAACGUGGUGAGCGAGGAGCUGGAGGAGGUGGAGGCGGCGGAGGAGUUGCCCAUGGUGGCGCCAAUCAUAGUGAUUUAUAUUCUGUUACCGAAUUGUAGGAGUGCGCCUGCUGCGGCGGUGGCGUUGAUGUAGUGCGUAGGGGCACCACAACAACGUCACUGCACGCAGCGGCGGCCACAGCCAGUACACAGACACAGAUGCCAAUUCAAACGCAGGCCCCCAUACCCCUGCCGCCCAAGAAGCAUCGUUCCCAACAACAACAACAACAGCAGCAGCAGCAACAACAACAGCAACAAACACAGCCCUGCAAUGCAAAUAUUUGUGACGAUCAUGAGUAUGAUGAGUAUUGCCCGCAGCCCUAUGAAGUCUCCUCCGCUGCAGCAGCAGCAGCAGCAGCAGCAACAUCUGGUGGUCAAAGGCAUCAUGGCAAACAGCAGCAGCAGCAACAACCACAACAACAAAAGCGAGCUGCCACAUUCGAUGUGGCCGAUGCCCGUGAUUAUGAGCUCAAACGUUUGGGCAAUCGUCGAUCGCAGCAACAGGCAGCGCCAAGUAAAAGAAAUGGCUCCAACAAUGAUCAUCAUCAUCAUCGUACACAUGAUCGGGAGAGAUCGCGUAGCGAUCAUCGUAUAGCCAGCUAUGCCUGCGAGGAUGUUGGCUCUGCAACAGCAUUGUGUUCAGCGGGAUCGAUGAGUGUUUUGCCGCCAGUCGCAGCCAAUGGAUCCCAUCGUGGUGGUGGUCAGCAUCAACAUCAGCAACAACAACAACAACUACAACAACAACAACAGCAGCUGCAACUGCAACAGCAGCAACAACAACAACAGCAGCAGCAGCGGCGCGAGAAAACCUUUAAAGUAUGAUUUUUAGAGACGUCAUAAAAAUUGUCCAGCCCGCGCCAAGCUGGUGGCUCCCGAAGACGUACGCGUUAAGCUCCGGGAACCAAAUGAUGUGUAGCCAGCAAACGUUGCGGAUUUUUUCUCAUAAUAAUAAUAAUAAGACGAACGAAAUGAACUAAAACCAAAAAAGCAAAAA